CUCUACUCACGUGUCGCGGGUGAAGCUGGCGAGGGUGAUGUGUCAACUGCCUGACGGGGACUUUGUGAAACAUUAAAACGCUCAGGACCACCGUUGAAACUCAGGAUUGUUAUAAUGGACAACAGUGGGAAAGAGAAGGAGGCUUUGGCGUUGCUCGCCGAAGCCGAAAAGAAAGUCAAGUCUUCGCAGUCAUUUUUUGGGACGUUGUUCGGGGGCUCUUCAAAGCUGGAGGAGGCCUGUGAGAUGUAUUCCAGGGCAGCCAACAUGUUCAAGAUGGCAAAGAACUGGAGUGCUGCAGGAAAUGCAUUCACACAGGCUGCACGUCUACAUCUGCAACUACAAAGCAAGCAUGAUGCUGCCACCAACUUCAUUGAUGCAGGAAAUGCCUUCAAGAAGGCAGACCCACAAGAGGCUAUUAACUGUUUGAACCGAGCUAUUGAGAUCUACACAGACAUGGGGCGUUUUACAAUUGCAGCAAAACACCAUAUAUCAAUUGCUGAAAUAUAUGAGACUGAGUUAGUGGAUAUUGACAAGGCAAUUGCACACUAUGAGCAAGCUGCUGAUUACUACAAGGGAGAGGAAUCGAACAGCUCUGCCAACAAGUGUCUGUUGAAAGUUGCCACUUAUGCCGCCCAGCUGGAGCAGUAUCAGAAAGCUAUUGAGAUUUUUGAGCAGGUUGCAACCCAUGCAAUGGACAGUACACUACUGAAAUAUAGUGCCAAGGAGUACUUCUUUAAAGCGGCAUUAUGUCAUUUCUGUGUGGACAUGCUGAAUGCCCAGCUUGCCAUCCAGAGAUAUGAAGAAAUGUUUCCAGCCUUCUCAGAUUCCCGAGAGUGCAAACUUGUCAAGAAAUUACUUGACGCACAUGAGGAGCAGAAUAUAGAUGCCUACACUGAUGCAGUCAAGGAGUAUGACACAAUAUCCCGGCUGGACCAGUGGCUCACAACUAUGUUGUUACGCAUCAAGAAGACUGUACAGGGUGAAACAGAAAAUCUUUGCUAAGCUUCUUGGCUGUUGGUCACCCUGCCUCCUAGUCAUCCCCCUUUUUACUCCCUGACUCAGUCAGGGCACAUAACUCGGCAAUAAUCCCAAAGCCUGGUGGACUGAUGGCAAGUAAGCAUUACUGAACCAGGCUUUUUAGAAUCCAUGAUGAAUGACUCUGGGCUGAAGUGUUCUGCAAUGCACACAAGCGUGAAAGCAUGUGUUAGUUACUCAAAACUAUAAGCAAUUUUUGGCCCUAGAAUAUGGGUAAAAAGGCACUAAAGAUAGAAAGCUAUGGUGGGACGACAAAUGGCCUGAAGGUGACAUAUUAACAUCCUGGGAAAGCUGCCCUUUCUUGCAGUUUUUUAUGUUAAGGUGGUCUUCAGAAGAAGCUCUUCUAUACUGACUGUGAUGGCCAUUGCCUUUUAAAGUGCCACUAGGGAUGUUUGUGGGGUGCUCCAUGACUCCUUUAUCUUCAGAGUAUCCUACAGUUUUAUUUCAUUUAUUGGAUUGCCAGCAGUCAAGCGUUAUCCUUUCAGUUUAUGCGUGGAGUUAAUUUUUUUUUUUAAUUUUCAGUUUAUUCUGCUUUCUGAGUAUUUGUCUUUAUUUGUGCAACAUAUGGACUUUUUCCAUCUCCUCUCAAAAAUAAUAAAGGUGAUAUUAAGAUGAAAA